UGCAGUUUCUUUUGAUCUGUCGUGUGACGUUAUGCUAUUGUUUGCGUUUUUGUAAUUGUUGAAUGUUGAGCCUUUGAUUUAUCCGGAACGAAAUCGUUAAUUUUGUGUGAUCAAUCGAUCUCUUAUCCAUUCUAUUGAAAUUGGACAAAAUUCGACAAACUGUUCAUUUGGCACUUAAAAGAAAAAAUUCCCUUUCGCAACUAUGGCCUUCCAAAGCAACCUCAACGGAUUCGUACAAGAAGUCCGUCGAUUCAACGAAGAAACGAGCGUUUUUAUCGACCAAAUGUUGCAUACUUUGCGAAAUAUGGAAGCUGCGGUGGAUAAUAAGAUGAACCUCAUCGCCGAUGUUAUACCUUCAACUGCUUCCGAUGGAAGUGAAGCGAAUGGUACCCAGGGGCAGCGGGCUGGAAGUGAAUCGAAUGGUCGUCGGGUUGCGGUUAAGCGCAGAUCGGGUGAUCCAGAUGAUAAUGAUAGUCCGAUUAAGAAACCGAGAAUAGACAAUGAAGUAGAUGCCAUUGAAGCAUCCGACUCGAGCAACGCAGGAAGUCGCAAUGAUUCAUCAGUUGAAGCAUCUGAAACCAGCCAUGAAGGAGGACAUAAUGAAUCGUCAGAAAAAGCACCAAAAGUCGUUGAUGAUGGAGUGAAUGGGCAUCGGUCAGUUAUGCACAUUAAGGCCAACAUGGGCAAAUAUGGCACUCUUGAGUACCUGAAUCACUGGCUGGCCCGAGUGUACGAACGAACCACCAAGUUUUAUACCAUCAAGAAAUACAGUCGCAUGGGGACGUUCAUGUUUUAUGUCGCAAUCGAUGUCAACUUGGAUGAAACUAAGGACGAUCUCCAUGUGGUCAUCAACUCCGACAACCUUGAUCGGCCGGACGUCAUUUUUCAAUUCAUCGAAAAUUGCUUCCAAGACAGAAAGGUGGUCACUCUGUUGCACAUUGUCACCAGCGAUGAACCUCGUCUCCGGGAAGACCCCGUCCGGCUCGAAAAGAUGAUCCGAACAAUGGUCGAGCCAAUUUUUGUACAUUUGUGAUUGCAUUUUUCGACCGAAUU